AUGUGGCAGCCGAGUCUCGCCGGCGGAAUGCCUCCAGUGGCUUUGAUCGUGUUGGCAGCUUUGGGUGACGCCCUGGGGGAUGUGAUUGGAGCAAUCUGCACAAGCCACGUCUCUGGCCCCGUGCACAGCCUGCUUUCAAAUUGUACCUCAGUUUACGUCGCGUUGCUUUCCAUGUGUGUGCUCCAACAGAGAUAUUCGUUUUUCCAGAUCUUGGCUCUAUCUGGAGUAUCAGUAGCAGUGGUGAUUGGAAUUCUUCCUUCAUUUCAGUCUGACUCCUCCGGUUCGAACUUUUUCUUUGCCGUGGUGCUUGGUGGUAGCUGCAUUUUCAAUGCGGUGGCCUUUGUUGUGAAAGAAUUGAUCUUUACUCGCUACAAGAAGCAGCGAGCUUCUGAAGAGCUUCAUGGCACUCCCGGAUUGAAUAUCUUCAUGAUCAACUCGCACGAGGCAAUAUUUCAGUUGCCAUUGACGUUGAUGCUCAUUCCAUUAAAUGACAUGCUGAAGCAAACCAACGAUGGAAACAUAUUCAGCUACCUGCAGGAUGCCAUCGCCUGUGUGUUCAGCGGAACCCCGGAUGCUUGCGGGCCGGACUCAGUUCAUGGGGAGCUGGCCGGCCGAUGCGUCUUGACCUACGUUGUCUUCAAUCUCUUGUGGAACAUGGGAAUUCUGCUUUCCGUGAAAAGCACAGGGGCUUUGGCCACAUUCAUUGCUUUGAAAGCAAUUUUCCCUGUGUCCACUGUUCUUUUUGCUUAUGUCGACUGGCCAUUGCUUCCCAAGAAAGAUUUCUCUUGGCUCAUUUGGCUGUCAAUGCUCAUCCUACUGCCGAGCAUUGCUUUGUACCAAUGGGCUUCCCAAUUGCAGGCUGCCAGGGCGGCAGAGCAUCCGUCUCUCGCAAGCUGCUGCUGGCCUCUGGGCCGAAAGGCUCACGAGAGUGAAGCCAUGCUUGGCUGA